AUGAUGUCAGCAAUCGAGUCCGCCCAAAAUGAUCAAGCAUCCCUGGUUCAAAACAUCUUGGAAGAGAAAGAGGAGCAUCGUGAGAAGCUCCUGGAUCUCUUCGUUAAAGUCGGAGAUGAGCAAGACACGAUAACCUUCGAAAUGUUUCAGGAGAAGAUCAAUGAUCCGGCCGUUCGAAACUAUUUUACGUCCAUAGGCCUGGAUGUAUGGGAUGCAUGGAGCUUUUUCAAGCUCCUUGAUUUGGACGAAGGUGGUUCUGUCGAAGCAGAUGAGUUUCUGAUGGGCUGCCUGCGGCUCCGAGGACAAGCACGGGCUGUCGAUGUGGGCAAAAUCAUCCAUGACCAGACGUGGUUGAUUAGAAAUCAAAGCCACUUUCAGGGAUACGUGGAGGUGCAGCUCCGGCAGAU